GCAACCUAACUCUGAAGGACAGAGUGGGACCUCCUUCCUCCAUUGUCAAGUUGCAUAGACCCUGGAAACCUAGGGUCCAACCAAGCCUGAUUGCCAUCAACUGGGUCUGGAGGCGUGGCCUGGCGGGGAAAGAGUCAGGGGACGGAGGCCUCAUUAUCUCUUCCUGGCCUGCCUCUGGCUCCUGGAGCUGAGCCAGGGAAGCCGGUGCUCCCGAGGUAUGCGAAGCUGCAAGAUGGUCAGAGUGGUAAGUGUUCUGGGGCUAGUGAUGGUCAGCGUGGCUCUCUUGAUUUUGUCCUUGAUCAGCUACGUGUCCCUGAAAAAAGACAAUAUCUUCACCACUCCCAAAUAUGCCAACACGGGAGUGCCGAGAAUGUACAUGCUCCAUGCCGGAUUUAGGUCACAGUUUGCUCUGAAGUUCCUUGAUCCUUCCUUUGUACCCAACACAAAUUCCUUGAAUCAGGAGAUGCAGGACAAGUCACCCAAGUGGACAUUCAACAGAACAGCAUUCUUACAACAAAGACGAGAAAUCCUCCAACACGUUGACGUGAUCAAAAACUUUUCUUUGACAAAGAGCAUGGUACGGAUUGGACAGCUGAUGCACUACGAUUAUUCCAGCCAUAAGUACGUCUUCUCCAUUAGCAACAGCUUCCGCUUGUUGCUUCCAGAUGUCUCGCCGAUUCAGAACAAGCACUACAACAUUUGCGCUGUUGUGGGAAACAGCGGGAUUCUUCUCGGCAGUCAGUGCGGGCAGGAAAUAGACAAAUACGAUUUUGUUUUCCGUUGCAAUUUUGCACCCACCGAAGCAUUCCAGAAAGACGUUGGGAGAAAAACCAACAUCACCACUUUUAACCCGAGCAUUCUGGAGAAGUAUUACAACAACCUUUUGACCAUUCAAGAUCGCAAUAACUUUUUUCUAAGCUUGAAGAAACUGGAUGGAGCUAUUCUCUGGAUCCCGGCUUUUUUCUUCCAUACGUCAGCCACUAUUACCAGAACUUUGGUAGACUUCUUUAUUGAGCAUCGAGGACAAUUAAAAGUCCAGUUGGCUUGGCCGGGAAAUAUAAUGCAACAUGUUAACAGGUACUGGAAAAACAAGCAUUUGGCCCCUAAGCGACUCAGCACAGGUAUCUUGAUGUAUACCCUUGCGUCUGCUAUUUGUGAUGAAAUCCACCUGUAUGGGUUUUGGCCCUUUGGCUUCAACCCAAACAAUAGAGAGGAUCUUCCCUACCACUAUUUUGACAAGAAAGGAACCAAGUUUACCACGAAAUGGCAAGAAUCCCAUCAGCUGCCCGCCGAAUUCCAGCAGCUCUUUCGAAUGCACGGCGAAGGACUGGCGAAACUGACUUUAUCCCACUGUGCCUAAGGAUUUCAUACUUGAAAUGCCAAAAGAUUGUUGCUGUUGUUUUUUUUAAAGUGG